CACCAUUUUACUCCUUGCUAUCUAACAGAACGCACCGAUGAAUUCCCGUAUGGUAGUGUUGAUGUUCACUUUUCUAUUGUUGGACGAGUCCACAUUGGCGGUAUGUGACCUUUAUUGGGACGUCGACCGCCAUUGGUAUGGAUCCAAGGAUGAUUGCGCCAGGAAAAAAGGCAGUUACAACUUCAUUCAUAAUUUGGAAACAUGGAAACAAUUAAACCAUGGCGGAAAUUCGAUUGACCACAUUUACAGGUCGGACUCGACUGGUAAUUUGGCGGAUUUGUGUCCGGGGAACAACUACACCCUGUUAAAUAGUACAUCUACAGGGUGUCUUAAUGUUUACAGUAACAGAUCGGUUGCCAUCUGCAACAACGAUACAGUUCUAUGUUAUAAAGGUACUGAGCCACAUAACACGGCGUCUGAUGUUUGGACUACAACAGGAUCAAUGACUACACCUUAUGACGUCACAUCCACUCAAAAAAGUAACAGCACUUCCUGCAGUUGCGGCGACAAGAAAAACUGGAGCACACAACUCGGCCAUGACGAGUUACAAAACUUGAUCCAAGAACUGAAGUCUCAGGUUGCUGUAGACAGGAAAGAUCUUUCUGCGUGGAAACGUAAAUCCGUCAGUGUGUAUGACUCCCGGCCAAGCAACGUGGCCAUAGGGUGUGUGGCUAUCGCCUUUCUGACCACGGCCGCUACCCUGAUCAUUGUACCCGACAUCAUCAGCCUUGUCAGGUUCCUUCACAAUCGCUACUGAAAAUGUGAGACGCACUUACUGUAUCAUGAUAUCGCAUGGAUAUUCUUUUCUAUUUAACUGCUAAGAGUAUGGCCGGCCCUCGUGACAUUAUGAAACAUGGAGUAUUGCAAUAGAUCCCUGUCAGUGCAAAUUAUUAUAUGAAUCAUGAACACUCGUAAACAUGUACAGUGGGUAACCUUGUUAUAUUUUGAUAGUUAAUACACAGCAAUACAACUGUC